AUGGCCAAGGCACAAAUUGAUGUCAAUUUGACAUUUGUAAAUCUAGAUGGCGUUUCAAAAAUAAAUAAUGAACAACAAACAUCAUAUGUAGAACCAUUACUAAUUAGUGAAAAUAAAUGUGAAAAACUUAAAUCAUGUCAACAUCAUAUUUGUGAUUUAAUUUGUCAUGUCGGAGAAUGUCCACACUGUGAUCAAUUAAUUAAACAAACAUGUUUAUCACAUGGAAUUGAACGUGAAGUAGUAUGUAGUAAUGAAACUGGUGGUAUAAAAACAUUUUCAUGCGGUGAAUCUUGUGGAAAAUUACUUUCAUGUGGUCAUCAUAAAUGUACAAAAACAUGUCAUGAUGGACCAUGUCCGGAUUGUUUAUUUUUACCAGAAAAUUGUAAUACUUGUGCUUGUGGAAAAACAAUUAUGGAUAAUCAGCAACGAUCAUCAUGUAUUGAUUCACUACCAACUUGUGAGAAAUUAUGUGAAAAAAUUUCAUCAUAUGGUCCAAUAAAUGAUCAUCAUCAAUGUUCAGCUCAAUGUCAUAAUGGACCAUGCCCACCAUGUAAUAAACAAUCUAUUCAAUGUCAUUGUGGACAAUCAAGUAAAUCAACAGCUCAAGCAUUAUCAAUUAAUCUCAAUAAACCACCACCAUCAACAAUUGCAUAUACAAAUUUCUUAGUUAGUUAUGCAAGAAGACAUUUACAACGUGUUCGAGUUAUUGAAGAAGCAUUUAAAAAUCUUGUUAAAUUAACUACACGUUAUGGUCAUCCAUCACAUCAUCAAAAUCAUGAUGAUGCUUCAAAAUUAGCGUGUCCAAUCUUACCAACGCAUGUUGACGAAGCGCGUUUUAUUCAUGAACUAGCAUCCUUUUAUAGUCUUCAAACGGAACAACUGAAUAAGAGACCAUAUAAAAAUCAAAUUGUUAUAUAUGGGUCUAGGACAACUGAUCAUGGGAUAACUUAUCAUGGACAACUGAUCAUGAUCAUCUGA